CCUCUUUAUUUUUUCACCCCGUCCCGCGACCGCCGGAGAUACCUGCAGUAUAUCACCAGCCUCCCUCCCACGCAGCACUUCCCCCCGACGGCUUGCCCAGAGUGCUCUCGAAUCACCUUGCGCAGUGCCCUCCUGGCCCCCAGCUCAUCCCCGCAGACCCGACCGUGCUCCUCCUGCACUGCACGCCUGUUCGCCUGCCUGCCUCUCCCGCCACAUCCGCUCCCGCCGCGCCGGCACCUCUGACGGCUUCCGCCCACAACUCGUCCCUCACAGGGCCUCCGUCUUCACGCCGCCCACGCCGCCGCCGCCGCUCCCUCUUCAGCACCGACACGUCGCCCGCGCUCGCGCGAGACCGGAACCCUGGCGCUUCAACCCGGUGCCUUCGGCGCAGGCCCUCCAGCUGUGGCCAACAUGGCCCAGCCCACUGCAGAGCCCGUCGAGGACUACGAGUAUGAGGCCCUCCCGCCAAACUUCUCCCUUGUCCAGAACAUGGCCGCCGGUGCCUUUGCUGGCAUCGCCGAGCACACUGUCAUGUACCCAAUUGACGCCAUCAAGACCCGCAUGCAAAUCAUCAACCCGGCCAGCACCUCGGUCUACAAUGGCAUGAUCCAGAGCACAAUGCGGAUAGCUUCGGGCGAGGGUGUCCUCAAGCUCUGGCGAGGCAUGUCCAGUGUUGUCGUCGGCGCCGGUCCUGCGCACGCCGUCUAUUUCGCCACCUACGAAGCCGUCAAGCACCUCAUGGGUGGCAAUCAGGCCGGUGUCCAUCACCCGCUUGCCGCUGCCACAAGCGGAGCCUGUGCCACCAUCGCCAGCGAUGCACUGAUGAAUCCUUUUGACGUCAUCAAGCAGCGCAUGCAGAUCCAGAACUCGAGCAAGAUGUACCGCUCCAUGUUUGACUGUGCCAAGUAUGUCUACAAAACCGAGGGUCUCGGGGCCUUCUACGUUUCGUACCCGACAACUCUCUCCAUGACAGUGCCCUUCACGGCUCUUCAAUUCCUCGCGUACGAAUCAAUAUCGACAACCAUGAACCCCCACAAGAAAUACGACCCAUUCACCCACUGCGUCGCUGGUGCCGUCGCCGGCGGCUUUGCUGCAGCUCUCACCACACCCAUGGACGUAAUCAAAACCAUGUUGCAGACUCGUGGUACAGCGACAGACCCUGAGCUUCGGUCUGUCAACAGCUUCAUGGCCGGCUGCAAGCUCUUGUACCAGCGCGAAGGUUAUAGGGGCUUCUUCAAGGGUGUCAAACCCAGAAUCGUCACCACCAUGCCCAGCACUGCUAUAUGCUGGACUGCCUACGAGGCAUCAAAAGCAUACUUCAUCCGGACGAACGACGCGUCCUGAGUCCAUGCACAUUUGCAGUAGAAUGCUGAGCGCAACUAAGAGUCCGCUGUCCAUCGGUCUAAGCGAGCGCGGAGGCCUCAACAUCUGCUG